UUUCUCUGUCCCUCUGUCUCUGCUGCCUAAAGUCUCUCUCACUCGCACAACUCACUUUUUUGCUUGCACAACAAAACCGUGAGUUAAGAGACAGGAAAUUAGCCAACAGGAACACCAAAUCCAACACUGCACAACCAAAAAAAAAAACCAAAGAAAAACCCGUAAAGACACAGAUCACGAUUACAAAAAGAAAAAAACAAAAUCCUACACAAGAAAAAUUAUUCAUUUAAAUUCUCUCUCUCUCCCUCUCUCGUUUUUUCCCAAUUUUCUCCAUACACCAAAUCCUCCGGUGGGGGACAACUCAGAGCCGCCGCCGCCACCGCCACCGCCACCGCCACCACCCGGACCCCCCCCACAUCUCUCUCUCUCUCUCUCUCCCUCUUCCUUUGUUUUCUAUAUACCCUUUACAUCACAUUUUCGUGAUCUCUCUCUAACUCUGUCUCUCCCUCUUACAUCUCCUUCACUUUUACGCACCCGCAUUCCCCACCACAUAUACUAUACUCUGUUUCUCUCUCUAAAAUCUGCAUUGAGUUUCAAGAUUAAGGCCGGCCAGGUUACGGAGCAGACUUGGCUUGCUAAGGAAUCAACAUCAAAGACUUCUUCGUUUUCAUUUUCCCCCCCACUCUUUUUAUAAAACCACCUAUAUACAAUUUCGUUUCUCUCUCUCUCUCUCUCUCUCUGUGCAUGCGGGACCUUGGUUUGUUGUGAUGGGUGCUCACCUGAAAGGUGUGGAGCGCAAAGUCGGAUCUUUUUACACGGUGCCAGAUCGGUUUCCCGUUUGAGGAUUUCAGUUCAAGAAGCCGGGUUUUGUGGGUUUGAAGUGUCUCAGAUUUGCUGGACUUUGUGUUGUGUUUGAUGGACACGAGAGGUCGGCUCGUUGCUGGGUCUCACAAUAGGAAUGAGUUCAUACUCAUCAAUGCAGAUGAGAGUGGAAGGAUCAAUUCUGUGAAGGAAUUGAGUGGACAAAUAUGUCAGAUUUGUGGGGAUGAGGUGGAACUUACUGUGGACGGAGAGCUCUUUGUUGCAUGCAACGAAUGUGCUUUCCCUGUGUGCAGGCCUUGCUAUGAAUAUGAGAGAAGAGAGGGCAAUCAGGCUUGCCCUCAGUGUAAAACCAGAUACAAACGCAUUAAAGGUAGCCCUAGGGUUGAAGGUGACGAGGAAGAAGAUGAUAUUGAUGAUCUGGACAAUGAGUUUGAUUAUGGAAACCUCAAUGGUCUAGGUUCACGAGAAGUUGCAGAGGCAAUGCUCUCUGAACGCCUCACUGGCCAUGGUUACCACUCCGGUGCAUCUGGAAUCCCCCCUCUCUCAGAAUGUGAGACCUCUGCCCUUAGUUCUGAGAUGCCUCUAUUGACCUAUGGCAAUGAGGAUUCUGAGAUUUCUCCUGAUCAUCAUGCUCUUAUUGUACCCCAAUUUACGAGUCAUGGAAACAGAAUCCGUCCGGUGCCUUUUUCUGAUCCAUCUGUACCUUUGCAACCUCGACCAAUGGUUCCUAAGAAAGAUCUUGCAGUAUAUGGGUAUGGGAGUGUGGCUUGGAAGGAUCGGAUGGAAGACUGGAAGAGAAGGCAGAAUGAUAAGCUUCAGGUGGUAAAGCACCAAGGAGACAACGAUGGGGGAACCUCUGGUGGAAAUGAACUAGAUGAUUAUCCUGAAUUACCCAUGAUGGAUGAAGGCAGGCAGCCGCUUUCCAGGAAGUUGCCCAUCCCUUCAAGCAAGAUAAAUCCAUACAGAAUGAUUAUCAUACUCCGUCUUGUAAUCCUUGGCUUAUUUUUUCAUUAUAGACUUCUCCAUCCAGUUAAUGAUGCAUAUGGCUUGUGGUUGACAUCGGUCAUAUGCGAAAUUUGGUUUGCCGUAUCAUGGAUUCUGGAUCAGUUCCCAAAAUGGUACCCAAUAGAACGAGAAACUUACCUUGAUAGGCUAUCGUUGAGGUAUGAAAAAGAAGGGCAGCCAUCUGAGCUGGCCAGUGUAGACGUCUUUGUGAGUACAGUUGAUCCUAUGAAAGAGCCUCCUUUAAUUACUGCAAAUACAGUUCUUUCCAUUCUUGCGGUUGAUUAUCCAGUAGAUAAGGUUGCUUGCUAUGUAUCGGAUGACGGUGCUGCCAUGCUUACUUUUGAAGCUCUUUCUGAGACAUCAGAAUUUGCAAGGAAAUGGGUUCCUUUCUGUAAAAAAUUUAAUAUUGAGCCAAGGGCUCCAGAGUGGUAUUUUUCACAGAAGAUUGACUAUCUGAAGAAUAAAGUUCACCCAACAAUUGUCAGAGAAAGACGGGCAAUGAAGAGAGAAUAUGAAGAAUUUAAAGUUAAAAUAAAUGCGUUGGUAGCCACAGCGCAAAGGGUUCCCGAGGAUGGCUGGACAAUGCAGGAUGGGACUCCAUGGCCUGGAAACAAUGUACGGGACCAUCCUGGCAUGAUUCAGGUCUUCCUUGGCCAUAGUAGUGUUUGUGACGUGGAAGGAAACGAGUUGCCUCGUUUGAUUUAUGUUUCUCGUGAAAAGAGACCAGGGUUUGAACACCAUAAGAAGGCUGGGGCCAUGAAUGCUCUGGUACGGGUCUCAGCAAUUAUCUCAAAUGCUCCUUAUCUUCUGAACGUUGACUGUGAUCAUUAUAUUAACAAUAGCAAGGCACUUAGAGAAGCCAUGUGUUUCAUGAUGGACCCCACACUGGGGAAGAAGGUUUGCUACGUGCAGUUUCCUCAAAGAUUUGAUGGGAUUGAUCGUCAUGAUAGAUAUUCGAACCGAAAUGUCGUAUUCUUUGAUAUCAACAUGAAAGGCUUAGAUGGUUUACAAGGACCCAUAUAUGUUGGAACUGGAUGUGUUUUCAGAAGGCAAGCACUUUAUGGAUAUGAUGCACCUGCCAAGAAGAAGCCACCUAGCAAAACCUGCAACUGUUGGCCAAAAUGGUGCUGCCUGUGCUUUGGCUCUAGAAAAAACAAGAAUGGGAAGACAAAGAAGGAGAAGAGGAAGAAACCCAAGCACAGAGAAGCAUCAAAGCAGAUACAUGCACUUGAAAAUAUUGAAGAGGGAAUGAAUGACAACCCUGUUGCAGAUUCAGAAUCAAACAUCGUGAAAUCAUCCAAUAUGUUACAAAUGAAAUUGGAGAAGAAGUUCGGGCAAUCUCCAGUGUUUAUAGCCUCCACGCAUCUGGAAAAUGGUGGAGUUCCUCAGAAUGUCAGUCCUGCAUCACUCUUGAAAGAAGCCAUCCAAGUCAUCAGCUGUGGAUUUGAGGAUAAAUCAGAAUGGGGAAAGGAGGUUGGCUGGAUAUAUGGUUCUGUAACUGAGGAUAUAUUGACUGGAUUUAAGAUGCACUGCCAUGGCUGGCGGUCCGUGUACUGCAUACCUAAGAGGCCAGCAUUCAAGGGAUCAGCUCCUAUUAACCUCUCAGAUCGUUUACACCAGGUUCUUCGGUGGGCCCUUGGAUCUGUUGAAAUUUUCUUGAGCAGGCAUUGUCCUAUCUGGUAUGGCUACGGCGGUGGGUUGAAUUGGUUGGAACGAUUUUCCUAUAUAAACUCUGUCGUGUAUCCUUGGACAUCGGUUCCCUUGAUCGUUUACUGUACUCUACCAGCAAUCUGUCUUCUCACGGGAAAAUUCAUUGUUCCUGAGAUAAGCAAUUAUGCAAGUCUAGUAUUCAUGGCUCUCUUCGUAUCUAUAGCUGCAACCGGUAUCCUUGAGAUGCAGUGGGGUGGCGUUGGGAUAGAUGACUGGUGGAGAAAUGAGCAGUUCUGGGUGAUUGGGGGUGUUUCAUCACAUCUUUUUGCCCUCGUUCAGGGUCUACUCAAGGUGUUGGCUGGUGUCAGCACAAACUUCACAGUUACCUCUAAAGCAGCAGAUGAUGGAGAAUUUUCGGAGCUCUACAUCUUCAAGUGGACAUCAUUGCUUAUCCCUCCCACAACUUUGUUGAUUAUAAAUAUAGUUGGGGUGGUGGUUGGGAUUUCGGAUGCCAUCAAUAACGGGUAUGAUUCUUGGGGUCCACUUUUUGGUAGGCUAUUUUUUGCCUUCUGGGUCAUUGUACACCUCUACCCCUUCCUAAAGGGAUUACUGGGCAAACAAGACAGGAUGCCAACCAUUGUUUUGGUCUGGUCUAUUCUCCUUUCCUCAAUCCUAACGCUCAUGUGGGUUCGAAUCAACCCAUUUGUGUCAAGAGAUGGUCCUGUAUUAGAAGUUUGCGGGUUGAAUUGCGACGAUUAGGAUACGUGAAUAAAAGCUUUAGUUGCUUCUCAGUUGCUACAAUUUUCCAGGAUGGUUAUGGUGUUGCACAAGAGAGAUUUGUUCUUUAGGAUAUGGUUAUGUUGUUGCACGAAUAUGUUGGUAGAAAGUUUUGGUUUUGGGGGAUGCGAUGUAGAUACAAAAGGGCUCGGAGUCGGGACUGGCACAUUAUUAUUUGUUUUAUCGGGUUUCAUCAAUUUUUCUAUUGCAUUCCCGUAGCUUCCUUUAGGGUAUAUGUUUCAGCAUCUGUUUUGCUAAGUGUCUGUAUUAUAACUUAUCCCUUUGAAGUGGGGGAGAUGUCUCUUAUAGGUCUCGCAAUUGUCUGUAUUGGUUCUCAUCUCCCUGGACGACAUAAAUUGUAUGCUGGAGUUUCAAGUACUGUGGAUUUCUGUCUUUCAUUUCAUAUAUAUGAAGCUAGACUUCCACUUUGCUAAUUUCCUCUCA